AUGGCUUUGGACGAACAGCAACCGCAAUCGCUUGCCGACGACGUCCGCGGUAUGCAAGCCCCAUCGCGCCAUGUCAUCGGUCGUACUGACUCUACUAUUACCAGUCUUGGGAUACGAUCCCCUCAUCCCACCGCAGCUCCUCACAUCCGAAAUUCCCGCGCCGCCCACUUCGACUCCCACCGUUCUGAAGGCUCGCAAGGAAGCCGUCGAGAUCAUCAAGCAGCGCGAUGACCGUCUCCUCGUCAUGGUCGGUCCUUGCUCUCUGCACGAUCCCGAGACCGCCGUCGAAUACUGCUCUCGCCUUGUGCAGCUCGCCGACAAGCUGAAGGACGACCUAUGUAUUAUCAUGCGCGCUUACCUCGAGAAGCCACGAACCACGGUCGGCUGGAAGGGUCUGAUCAACGACCCGGACAUUGAUGAGAGCUACAAGAUCAACAAGGGCUUGAGAGUGAGCAGGAAGCUGUUUUGCGACUUGACUGGUCAGGGCAUGCCAAUUGCUAGCGAAAUGCUGGACACCAUCUCGCCUCAGUUCCUUUCGGAUCUUAUUUCGCUGGGUGCGAUCGGUGCAAGGACAACAGAGUCGCAGCUUCACCGUGAGCUUGCUAGCGGUCUCUCGUUCCCCAUGGGCUUCAAGAACGGCACGGACGGAAGCCUGACAGUAGCUGUAGAUGCGAUUGGCGCGGCGGCUGCCAAGCACCACUUCAUGGGUGUAACGAAGCAGGGUCUCGCGGCGAUCACAAGAACGGCAGGCAACCCUGACUGCUUCGUCAUUCUUAGAGGUGGCACGAAGGGCACAAACUUUGACCGCGAGAGCGUCAAGGCGACAAGGGCGGCUUUGAAGAAAAAGGGAUUCCCAGAGGUCAUGAUGAUCGAUUGCUCGCAUGGUAAGCGCUUCUCUCAGGGAAUACUCGCGAAGUCUGAGACUCCUCGAAAGCCCCCCACGAAGAUGAUCCUGGACGCUGUGUGAUUGUUCAGCUGACUUGCGCAGGUAAUUCUCUCAAGGACCACCGCAAUCAACCCAAAGUGGCGCAAACCAUUGGCGACCAGCUUCGCGAGGGCGAGACUGGAAUUGUGGGCGUCAUGAUCGAAUCCAACAUCAAUGAGGGCAAUCAGAAGGUCCCCGCAGAAGGCGGCCUAGCUUCCCUCCAGAAGGGAGUCUCCAUAACUGACGCCUGCAUCAACUGGGACACCACGAUCGAGGUCCUCGAGCAAUUGGCGGAUGCUGUCCGCACCAGGCGACAAUUGAAGAAGGCUAACGGCGCGAACGGUCACAACGGCGUACACUAG